AUGAAUAGUAGCAAGCCACGUGGACGCCGAGCGCCGCCGAUGUGGUGCAAAGCGUUCGUCACGGUCGGAUUGCUCUGCGAAUUGGCACUGUCGGCCUCGCCACCAGGGAUUUCGGGUGAUCCGGAGUUUACGGAACCCAUAACGAACGUGACGGUACCUGCAGGACGUGGUGUAAAGCUAGGAUGCUCCGUCAGAAAUCUGGGAUCAUACAAGGUAGCUUGGAUGCACUUUGAACAGUCUGCCAUAUUGACCGUGAAUAGCCACGUUAUCACUAGAAAUCCAAGAAUUACCGUGUCCCACGAUAAACACCGUACGUGGUUUUUGCACAUAAGCAAUGUGCAGCAAGAAGAUCGAGGCCGUUACAUGUGUCAAAUAAAUACGAUCACAGCUAAAACUCAAAUCGGAUAUCUCAAUGUUGUCGUACCACCGUCGAUUUCCGACUCGUUGAGUAGUUCAGAUGCAAUAGUUCGAGAAGGAGCAAAUGUGUCGUUGACGUGUCACGUGGAUGGUUACCCGAAACCAGAUAUCAAAUGGAAACGUGACGACGGUCUGCAAAUCAACAUCAACAAGACCUUAAACGUGAGCGAAUGGGAGGAACCCACUUUGGAACUGCAUCGGAUCAGUCGGCUGGACAUGGGCGCCUACCUGUGCAUCGCCACAAAUUCUGUGCCCCCGUCGGUCAGCAAACGGAUAAAAGUCAGCGUGGACUUCCCGCCGAUGCUGUGGAUACCACAUCAGCUUGUCGGCGUGCCACUGGGCUACAAUGUGACGCUGGAGUGUUACACCGAGGCGCACCCGACGUCCUUGCACUACUGGACCCGGGACAGCGGACAGAUGUUGCACGACAGCGGCAAAUACAAGGCCGUGUCCAUACAGGGCGCGCCGUCGUAUAAGGUGCAGAUGAAGCUGACCAUCGUGGACGUGUCGCACACCGACUACGGCGUGUACAAGUGUGUGGCGAAGAACUCCCGCGGUGAGACCGACGGAACGAUUCGGCUGUACACUUCACACCCACCCACUCUGGCACCAGAACUUCAGAGCACGGAGAAUCCCUCCCCUUCUGGCAUCCCAGCUUUAGGUCCACAAUGGACGACCGAUGGGAGUAACGAUUUAGAAAACGGUACGUCGAACAACACGAACGGAAAAGGAGGGAAAAAAGACGACAAUUCCAUUUUGAACGAGAUCACUCGGUCCGGGCAGACGUACAGCAAACCCAACAGGCCAGACAUCAUCAAAAAUUCGACGCCAAGACUGAUUCCGACCAUAACCGUGCUGUUCUUGACGGCCGCUGUCCGACUGUUGUCCAGGCGACGAGAACGGAUGAUGUAA